AUGACGCUGAGGGAUAUGUGGAACCGGUUCCCGAGACGGGUGCAGGAACUUCUAGAAGAACCGAGGGGGAGGAGGGAGGGGAAGGGCCGUCUACAGGAGGCACUGUCCCAGCAGAUCAAUCUCACAAGGGCGGCGGAGCUUGUGGGGGAUACGAGGAAGGAUAAACCGGGGGAGGACAAUGGCCACGUGGUGCGGCUCAUCAGCCUACAGGGAGUGGGGGCGGGGGACUGGCUUCACGCCAUCCCAACGAGGGCAGAUCUCACCUUCUCACCAGGGCAAUAUGCCCUGGCGCUAGGCUUCCGGUUGGGCUUGCCCCUACCAGUGACCAAGAGCUGCCCGUGCCAGGGGGAGAGGGGGAAGAUAGGGGAUGUGAGCCUGCCGAACCACCUGCUGUGGUGUGGGGAGGGGAAGGACCAGACAAACACACAUAACACACUAGUCUAUGCGGCGCUGCGCAUGGCGAGAGAAGCUGACAAUAUAACCUUACAUGAGACCACGACCUACUCGCAACCAGUCAACCCCAAGCGAGCAGAUCUGGCCUUCACGGACAGGGAGUCAGCUGAGACUUGGGUCACGGACGUGACCAUAACAGACCCGGUUCUGCAGCGGCGCGACACCAGGGCGCUGAAACCGCCAGGGUGGGCAGCGGAAGAGGCUGCAAGGGGGAAGAGGGGGCUGUAUGAGGGGCGCCCGGACUAUGUUGGGGUAUUGGGGCUGGCGGUAGAGACGUAUGGGGCCCUGGCAAGGGAUACACUGCGGUUCCUGAGGAUGCUAGGCACUCAGGCGGCUAAGAAAAAGUUCCGGCAGGGGAGACUAACGGCGGUGGCCUCCAAGCUGACGGCACACUACCGUCAACGCUGGUCGGUGAUGCUGCAGCGUAGCCAGGCGAACAAAUUCCUGGUGGAGGUCCACGCGGUGAAGGUCACACCCAAAGCAGUCUUUAACGCCAGCAUCGCAUUGGCUGCCGAGAGGAGAUGGGAGAUUAGAGCAAUGUCCGACGCCCUCGCUUCCCCUUUCCGCCGCCCUAGCUUCCCCUUCCCGUCGCGCUCGCAUCCACCGUCCGACGCCCUCGCUUCCCCUUUCCACCGCCCUAGCUUCCCCCUCCCGUCGCGCUCGCUUCCCCCAGGCUCCCCUCGCCAUCGCUUCCCCCGCCCAUCGCGGGCGCUUCCCCCUCCCGUCGCUCUCGCUUCCCCUUUCCGCCGUUUUAGCUCCCCCCUCCCGUCGCCCUCGCUUCCCCCUCCCAUCGCGCUCUCUUCCCCCUCCCAUCGCCCUCGCUCUCCCUGCCCAUCGCGCUCGCUUCCCCCUCCCAUCGCCCUCGCUUCCCCCUCCCGUCGCUCUCGCUUCCCCUUUCCGCCGUCCUAG